AUGCCCGACCUGACAAGUAUUGGUGCAACUACAGCCCAAGUUGCUAAAGCUGCACAGCGCGGCGUGCAUGCUCUAUUAGAGAAUAUUCAAGCUAGUGAGCGCACUGGCGAACUCCUGAAUAAAAUUGGCCGUCAACCACUUUCCGUCAAAAGGCGAUUGGAGAGUAUUACAUCAGAGGUAGAGGGUACAUAUUCUUGCGAUAUCAAUCUCAGUUGCAAAGUCCACAUUCAUCUUCGGGCGGCAAUUUCGAACACCCAGGAUACAUGUGAAAGGUUUUUGGGUACAUUCAAGGAGUGGAAAGAUCACUCGUCCUCGCUCUAUUUGCACGAAUCGGAUUCUGGUAGUUUUGAUAUCUUCGAAGAAACGGAAUUUCGGCUAUUCAGCGAAAGCCUGCAGAUGUUGGAACAUACAAUACUCAUGGCAGAGGAAAACUCGGUG